UCAGAAGCACAAGGACGAGCCACUACUUCUUCUUCUUCUUCUUCUUUCUUCUUCUUUCUUCUUUUGCGUAAGCAGUGGAGUUUCCAGGAUGGGAACUCGGCUGCUGCUCUCCAGCGUUCUGUUCGCGCUUUGUGCGGUGCGCUUUGCUGCGGAAUUCGUCGGGGCAGAAACGCCGGCGGCUGUGGUCGUCGGCUCGGCCGUGUGCUCAGAUUGCGCGACGAAGAAGAUUGAACAUGAACGCGCAUUCAACGGGCUUCACGCAGCCGUGAAGUGCAAAGCCGCCACGGGCUUAUACGAGACCAAAGCCAUGGGCGAGCUCGACAACACCGGGAGUUUCAACAUCCCUCUCCCCGCCGACACCCUCGCCGCCGACGCCGACGACCUCAACCACGACUGCUUUGUAGAGCUCCACUCCACGGCGUCCCCUGAAGCCACCACCCCGUGCCCUGCAAAACCAUCGAAGCUAAUUCCCGCCGCCAAAGCAAACGGCGGCGAGCGCGUGUUCACCGCGGCAUCCGGGCCGCUCUCGUUCGCGUCGGCAACGUGCACCUCCGCCACCUUCAAGUUUGACCCGUUCCACAAGCACCACAAGUUCGAUUUCCCUCCAAAAUCUCACUAUUUCCCUCCCGUCUACAAGAAGCCGCUUCCGUCACCAACACCCGUGCCUACAUACAAGCCCCCCGUUCCGGUCUACAAGCCCCCCGUUCCGGUCUACAAGCCGCCGACUCCGGUCUACAAGCCCCCCGUUCCGGUCUACAAGCCGCCCGUUCCGGUCUACAAGCCGCCGACUCCGGUUUACAAGCCACCCACCCCGGUCUACAAGCCAGUUCCCUUCCACCACCUGCAUCCCAAGCCGUUUCCUCACUUCCAUAAGUUCCCUCCUUACUCCCCUCACCCUCUGAAGAAGAUCUUCAAGAAGAAGCACCACUUCUUUCCUCCUGCUAAAGCUGAAGCAAAUCCUUAGAAGUAGAAGCUGUUGAUGUAUGGUGGUGGUGUGCUCAAGCUCUCCAGCUUCGUGUUGUUGUCUUUUAAGUUACUUUGCAUUUUGAGAGAGAGAGAGAGAGAGUUAUCUAUUUGUGGUGUAAUAAAUUAAGAUCGUGUUUAAUUACUGUGUCUCAAGAGUACGUCUUAGAUAUAUAUACAGUGUACGGUGGUGGUUGCAAUUAAGAUUAUUAUAAUUGAUGUUACUGUUGUUUUCCCACAGCUUGCAAGUUCAUAAGUUAAUAUAUAUCGUUUUAUUGGCCUUAA